GCCGUGCUAUAUUGCAGAGUGUAUCGGUUAACCCUAUUCCGCUCUCUAUUCUUCUUCUUCUUCUUUGUUAAGAAAGAUGGUGAAAGGAAACAAACAAACCACAAAUACUGCUACGGAGAUUAAGGAAAUGAGGGCGCUAAUCGAGAAGCUGUUUGGGGAAUUGAAUGCAAGACAAGACAAGUUUGAUCAAACAAUUUCUGAGUUGAAGGAAUCCAUCCAAUCUUCUAAGGCUCAAGAGAAAUCUCAUGAUAACUCAUCUAAGGGGCACGGGAAAACCAUAACCGCCACUGGACCUAAUGAGAGUCAAGCCAAAGGUCCCUGUUUAUUUUGUAAAAAAUCUACUCAUGGUGGCAAAUGUAGCAACAAGAAGCAAGUUUCAUUAAUCGAAGAUGACGAUGAAGAUGUUUUUGACGUUCCGACUGUAGAACCUGUGACUUCAGAGGAAAUAGAAACAGACAUGGCGAUAUCAGUGGAUGCUAUAGUAGAAUAUCAUAAUUCUAAGCCAUAUGAAGGUUGUUGCGUGACUGGAUAUCAUGGGAAAACGCCCUUGACUGUCCUAAUGGGUUUAGGGGGGACUUCACACAACUUUAUAAAUGAAUCUUUGGCAGAUAAGCUAGGUUGUGACUCAUUUCCGAUCAAGCCUCGAAAUGUUAGGUCAGCUUUUGGGACAUUUGUGUCCUCCAGAGCAUGCAAAAACUUUCAGUUGUCACUGCAAGGCACCGUGUUUAAUUUGGAUGUGUAUCUACUUCCAUUGUCGUCGAACUGUGACAUGGUAUUAGGAACUGCAUGGAUAAAGAGCCUUGAGAAAUGUAUAAUUGGUAAUGGUGGUGUGGAGUUUUACUUUCAAGGUAAGAAGCAAUUUAUGAGUUUCAACAAAGCAGUCGGAGGCAGCAAGCGCUGAUGAGAGUACUGAGGCCGUAAAUUUCAGAGUAGUAACUUACCUGUUUUGUAUGUUUUUCCUAAGGGGGACUUUAGGGUUGAUCUCUCCCUAAAAUCCUCCACUAUGUUUUUUAGUAGUAAGUAGUGUGAUUAUGGUAUUAAAGCUACUUAGUUUCUGUUUUCUGUAAUCUUCCUAAGAACUCUCCCUAUAUGGAGAAGUAAAGUAAAGGAUCUGAUUAUCUACCUAUAUUAUAGUAUGUCAUUUUGAGACCAGCAUUGCAAGUUAUGGAUUUUCAUUGA